CCCGCAGGAUGCCGCGGGAGGCCGAGCGCCCGGCGCGGGGGAGCCGCCGCGGCCGCCGCCCCAGGCUCCUGGAGAUGCUGCUGACUGCCCUGCACCUCCCUGCGUGAACCAGCAGAGAAUGGAAGUGACCAGAAUCACCUGGCCCAAGGACCCUUCAGCAGGCACUGGGAUGGAGUUACAAAUGGCCUUGUGAGCUGCACCUGUGGCACACACACCUGCCCUGCCACACCCCUUGCACAAUAGUCCCAGACUGCCACAGGACAGGCAGACAUUGGCCACAGCAGCUCAUCCUGUGAACUCCUCUGUGAAAAGCUUUGUGGAAGAGCUUCCUCCUCCUCCUUCUCCUGUGAAUGCCAGCAGCGGGUGUGUGUGCCCCGUGUGCCCGCAGGCAGGGUGGGCAGCAGGCUGAGCAUCACCCCCCUGCCCAGCCAGACCCACGGCAGCCCAGCACGGAGCCCUGCAGCUCUGUCCCCAGGGACAAAUGCCAGCUGCCACACUCUCCUCUGCAAACCCAGGAGCAGCCUGCCAGGCACCAGCACUGACUGCUCCCACGCCAGCAGCGGGCAGCCCGGGCCACCUCUUGUCCCACAUGUGACUCAGGCAGGACAGGGCACGGCAUGCAGCAGGGACAGGGAUGCUCUGCACUGACCAGGCAGCCUCACACCCCUAGUGUGGACUUUCCUCCUUCUUCUCCCUAAAGGAUGCUGGCUGCCUGUCCAGAAGCUCCUAGUGUGGACUUUCCUCCUGCCUUUCCCUAAAGGAUGCUGGCUGCACACCCAGAAGCUCCUGCUGAUGCAGCCCCCUAGAGUGCCAUGGCGAAGGGUCUGCAGGGCUGCCUGUGCACCAUGCUGCUGCUGCUGUGUGCCAUGCAGGAGCUGGGCUGCUGGGCCAUGCACACAGUGGGGCAGGGCCCUGGGGAGCCCGGGGACCCUGCGCUGCUGGCCGGAGGGAGAGUGAAGCGUGGCUGGGUCUGGAACCAGUUCUUUGUGGUGGAGGAGUACACGGGCACGGAGCCGCUCUAUGUGGGGAAGAUCCACUCGGACUCGGAUGAAGGAGACGGCUCCAUCAAGUACACCAUCUCCGGGGAGGGCGCAGGCACCAUCUUCCUCAUCGAUGAGAUCACAGGGGACAUCCACGCCACCGAGCGCCUGGACCGUGAGCAGAAAACCUUCUACACGCUGCGGGCGCAGGCCCGGGACAGACAGACGGACCAGCUGCUGGAGCCAGAGUCGGAGUUCAUCAUCAAGGUGCAGGACAUCAACGACAGCGAGCCGCGCUUCCUCGAGGGGCCCUACAUCGGCAGCGUGGCCGAGCUGUCCCCUGUCGGCACCUCUGUGAUGCAGGUGAUGGCCUCUGAUGCCGACGACCCCACCUAUGGGAGCAGUGCCAGGGUGGUCUACAGCGUGCUGGAGGGGGAGCAGCACUUCACUGUGGACAGCAAAACAGGUGUGAUCCGCACGGCCGUGGCAGACCUGGACCGCGAGACGCAGGACCGCUACGAGGUGGUGAUCCGUGCCACAGACAUGGCAGGGCAGCUGGGGGGGCUCUCAGGAUCCACCACCGUCACCAUCGUGGUCACUGAUGUCAACGACAACCCGCCACGCUUCCCUCAGAAGAUGUAUCAGUUCAGCAUUGUGGAGACGGCCCCCGUGGGCACUGCCAUCGGGAGGGUGAAGGCAGAAGACUCUGACGUCGGGGAGAACACGGACAUGACAUACCAAGUGAAGGAUGAGGAAGGGGUGGAGAUGUUCAAAGUCACCACGGACAGCAAUACCCAAGAGGCUGUCAUCACAGUGCAGAAGCCUCUUGACUACGAGUCAAAGAAAGUGCACACUGUGGUGGUGGAGGCCCUCAACAAGUUCGUGGACCCACGGUUCGUGGACCUGGGCACCUUUCGGGACCAGACCAUCGUGAGGGUCUCAGUGCUGGACGUGGACGAGCCCCCCGAGUUCCGGCCCCCCUCCAACCUGCUGGAGGUGCAGGAGGAUGCCCACGUGGGCUCUGUUGUGGGGGUGGUCACUGCCCUGGACCCAGACACAGCAAAUCACCCUGUCCGGUACGCCAUCGACCGCAGCACCGACGCCGAGAGGAUCUUCGACAUCGAUGCCAAAACAGGGGCAAUUGUCACAGGAAAGGUCCUGGACCGGGAGACAGCAGGGUGGCACAACAUCACUGUCCUGGCCAUGGAGGCAGACAACCACUCCCAGGUGUCGAGGGCCUCUCUCCGUAUCCGAAUCCUGGACGUCAAUGACAAUCCACCUGAGCUUGCAACCCCCUAUGAAGCUGCUGUGUGUGAGGAUGCCAAGCCAGGCCAGCUGAUCCAGACCAUCAGCGUUGUGGACCGGGACGAGCCUCAGAGCGGGCACCGCUUCUACUUCACCCUGGCGCCUGAAGCCACCAACAACCACCACUUCUCUCUGCUGGAUAUCCAGGACAACACGGCAGCGGUGCACACACAGAGAGUGGGCUUCAACCGCCAGGAGCAGGACGUGUACCUGCUGCCCAUCCUGGUGGUGGACAGUGGCCCCCCAGCCCUGAGCAGCACAGGGACCCUGACCAUCCGUGUGUGUGGCUGUGACAGCACCGGGGCCAUCCAGUCCUGCAACAGCACGGCCUACGUGGUGUCAGCCACGCUGAGCCCCGGCGCCCUCAUCGCGCUGCUGGUCUGCGUCCUCAUCCUGGUUGUGCUGGUCCUUCUGAUCCUCACGCUGAAGCGGCACCACAAAAGCCACCUGACCUCUGAGGAGGACGAGGACAUGAGGGACAAUGUCAUCAAAUACAACGAUGAAGGAGGUGGUGAGCAGGACACGGAGGCCUAUGACAUGUCAGCACUGCGCAGCCUCUACGACUUCAGCGAGAUCAAAGCUGGUGAUGGAGGCGGGGGCCCAGGAGAGGGGGGCCCAGGCAGAAACCCAUCCUCGGAGCUGCACGCCCUCCCGCAGUGGGUGCAGAGCCCAGACCUGGACUUCUCUGUGUUCAGAGACUACAUCUGCAGGAAGGUGGAGCAGGCGGACGAGGACCUCUCUGUGCCGCCCUAUGACUCGUUCCAGACCUAUGCCUUCGAGGGCUCGGACUCGCCAGUGCCCUCGCUGAGCUCCAUCAACACCUGGUCCAGCGGCUCGGAGCAGGACUUCUCCUACCUGGGGGGCUGGGGGCCGCGGUUCCGGCAGCUGGCCGCGCUGUACGCGGGGCGCCGGGGCGGCGAGGACAGCGAGGAGUCCUAGCUGCCCCUGCGGCCCCUGGCCCCGGCCACCCCCUGGGCUGGGACCGCUGCCCGAGAGCUGCCACAGGGCAUCCUGUGCCCCUGGGCCGGACUGCACGGCUGCUGGCCAGAGGCUGCACCGGGGACUGCUCCUGUGCGGCUCGGGUGGGGAGCCCGGAGGAGCCGCCGGGGCGUCCUCAAAGCCAGUCUCCAUUAAAGCACUGCGCAUUGACUUAAGAAGGAGAAGAUCUAAUUCAAGAGGGUUUGGAGAGGGUUUCUCCCCCACAAAUUAUCAUUUAAAUAGAUCUGUUCGGCGAUCCCCAUCCAGGAGAGGAAGAGCGAACCGGGAGCCUUUUGUUGUCUAAAUUGUUUUUGUCACUUGAGUCGGAGCAUUUAAAGAGCUUUGAUUUCUUUAAGAGCUUUCCUUGCUGAGGGAAACAAGCUUUUAACUUCUGUUCAGGUUUUCCCCUCCUAAGUUUACUUGCUUUUUGAAGUCUUCCUUCUCGCUGCUCCCCGUGGGGCUCUCAGCAGCCCCGGCUGCGGGCACGGUGCUGGAGGGAGGAUGCCACGCUGGGAUCACACCCUGCAGAACGGCUGCUCACAGCUUUCCCUUCCGUGCUGCCAAUCCCUUCACCUCUGUCUGGUGAUGUGAAGGGGAUCCCCAACACUCCCCGCACAGCAGACUUUGUCUGUGAAGUGCUGGUGUGCCCCACAGCCCCAGUG